GUUGUGCAAGUGUCGAACGGAUUUGAAGAGGCAUUCGAAAAGCGUGUGGAUCUCUACCACGUAGUCUCUCCUCAUCUCAUCCGAGACACGAGUUUUUUGCAGAAUAAUGACGUAGUAGACAUAACAAUGGCACUAAAAGAUUCAAAUUCUAGUAAGCGUAAGCAAGCGGAGGUACUACAGUACAGCGAAGGAUUACCACGCAUAUUACCGAAUCUGUUGGGGAUUACGGGGAGGAGCCGUGGCCUCCCCAAACCGAAUUAUUUUCCGUUGUUGCCUCCAAUAAGUCCAGCUGACGCGAAAAGGUUUUGCCGAAUAACAGGUAAGUCAUACGGACUGCCGACACAUCAUUACAUUCCGGUUUUGUUGGGUGUGCACAAAACAGACAAGUCCAAAUGCCGGGUCACGAACAAUAACUCUGGAGUUCAUCACCAAUUCACAGCCGGGUUGAUCCUGGGAGGAGACAAGAGAAAACAUGUGGUCGUGAAGGACUUUAGAUACGUUUUUCCAGUUCUGGAGGGCGACGGAGAGCAGCAGAAAGCUUUGAGAGAACUUUUGAGCACGAAAGAGCCUCUGGAUGACAGCGAGGAGAAUUUGAAGUUCGUUUAUACCGUCAAUGAGCGGCGUACUAGCUUGGUGUUUCCGGCACAAUUGGAAGCAGCGGUGAGGGAUGGAGAUGUCAAGGACGUGAUGCUGUCCCGGGACUGUGAUACUGUUUUGCUGAGGCUGAAGCAGGGGAAGAAUUUGGCUGUUGAUUUCAGAGACUUUGACAGUAGUUUGGAGAGUCUUUACGACGGGUUGGGCCCGAGGGAGGACAUUUUGAAGGAGAGAGAGAGACUGGAAGCUGCCGCGAGGAAGCGCAAGAAGAAAAAAGCCAGCGGGCUGAACUACGCCAAGAAAAUAUUCGAAGACAAAGAGAAGGCUGAUGAAGCCGAGGAGGUCAAGAGCAAGAAGAUCAAGUUGAAGAUCAUCAAGGAGGAGCUCAAGGAGGAAGUCACUUGGAAGCACGUUGAUUUGGAUCUCACGAGAGAAGGGAGGAGUCAGGUGACUUCUAUUUUGAAUCAGGAAAGCUUGAACUACUCGGUCACGACUUCCUGCAACCUUGAAUCUCUUGUCAGCAGUUCUGAAGCUAAAGGACUGCCUGUUGUUGAUAAAUUGCCAAAAGCGGUUAAAAUUCACGCUGAAAGGGUUGACAUUGAAGCUUCGGCUUUUGGAGUCGUCACUUCUCCAAUUUCUGAAGAAACUGGAGGACUGGAGGCUGUUGCAAUCAUCAAGCCUCUGACGCCUUUGAACGUGGAACCAGAUCCUCAGAUCCGAGAAGCGUUGCUCGGAUUAACUGCAGAAGAAUUGGAGGAGGCGGCUGAUGUUAAAGAUAAAUUUUUGAACCCCGGGAAAGAAGCGCUGGAAGUCUUGCCGAGUGUUGAAGAAAUUUCCAAGCUUGUAGAGAAUCUCGCGAAAGGUCAGAAGCAUGAAUUACACAAGGUUAAGGGCUUGAAGAUUGAUAUCGAGUCUGCGCAGAGAUUUGUUACGGGAAAAACUGUUGAAACGCCCAGCGGCCCGGUUUUCGUACCGGGACAGACUCUGCAGACUCCGAAAGGACGAGCUUUUGUUCCAGGCUUCACGGUUAGCACUCCAAAUGGUCCAGUUUUGAUUCCCGGGGAAAUAGUUUCGGUGAAAAAAGAUACUAAGGAGACUCCUGUGUUUGUUGUAGGACAAACGCUGGAGACAAAGAACGGGAUUAAGUUUGUUCAAGGACAAACUAUGCACACUAGUGAAGGAGCUAAAUUCGUGGAAGGCCAAACUGUGUUCACGGAAGAGGGUCCCAAGUUUGUUGCGGGCCAUUCUGUGUCGCAAGAUCACUUUGUCGCGGGACAAACGAUUGUCACUGAAUCGGGAGCUCAGUUUAUGCCUGGACAAACAAUAACUAAUGAACUUGGCGAGCAUAUUUUUGUUCCCGGGCAGAGUGUCAAGUUUGAGGAAGUUUGGAAGUUUGUUCCUGGACAAUGCAUGAUUUUAGAAACUGGACAACCGGCGUUUGUUCCCGGAAAAACGAUGCAGACUUCUGAAGGAAUGAAAUUCGUACCCGGGCAGAAUGUGACUGGUAAAUCUGGGGAAGAACAAUUUGUGCCUGGAGUGACUUUGGAAUCAAAGGAAGGCCCUAAAUUUGUUCCCGGAACGACUUUGGACACUCCUCAAGGUCCUAAGUUUGUCCAAGGAAUGGUUAUGAAGACUCCUGAAGGCGAGAAGUUUGUCCCAGGGUCAACAGUAAUCGGUGAAGGGGACAGCUUUGAGUUCGCGGCUGCAAACAGUCUCAAAGAAGUGACAUUCUUGGAAGCUGGACCCGUGGGAAUUCCAGUGGAUCCCAAAACUGCUACUGCGGUGUCUUCGCAGCAGCAAGAGAUUUUUGGACACAUGGUCCAGACCGAGCAUGGAGUCGAGUUCAUCCCUCAGUCGCAGGAAAUUCCAGAGGGGAAACGAAUCGUUCCUGGUCAGCUGGUUCGUGGGGGGAAGGAAGGACCAAGGUUUGUUCCUGGAAUGAUGUCGGAAGAAGGAUUUUUGCCGGGGCAAAUAGUGAUCACGGAGAAGGGAGAUCAGUUUGUACCAGGACAAGUCGUAGAGACGAGCACGGGGCCUAAGUUUGUACCCGGAAGAAUGGUAGAAACCAGAACUGGCCCGAAGUUUGUUCCUGGACAAACAAUGGAAACAGAAGAAGGUCCUCGGUUUGUUCCGGGGCAGAUAGUCCAGACAAAAGUCGGCCCUACGUUUAUUCCCGGACAAGUUAUAUCCACUGAGAACAAAGGCUCUCGCUUCGUGCCUGGCCAGGUUGUGGACACUCCAGACGGGCCAAGAUUCGUCCCAGGAAGAGUCGUGGAGUCCGGAGAGCUGGGAGUGACCUUUGUUCCCGGACAAAUCGUCCAAACUGAAGAAGGACCUAGAUUUGUAGCUCCAGACCUGAUGGACACCCCAGAGGGAGAACUGGAGUUCUCUGUUCAAGGUUUCGAAGUGACUCCCGAAGAGUUGGCGCUUCUUCGCCCCAAUCACUUACAGUACAACGCGACCUCUAAGAACCACCACGAACCCAUGAGCAUCGACGCGCGAAUGCUGAGACAGCUGUCCGAGGCUGGAAUGUCUCUAGGGAGGAAAAUAUCUGCUAUUGUACCGAAUGUCAACGUCGACGUUGAUCCCACAGCAGUUGCUCUUGAAAACGCUCUUGUGAUUGCAGAAAAACUUGGCCUCAGAGGCGAUGCUGCGGUUAAGAUGGCCCAAAUAGUUUCGACGGUUUCCCAUCUGGCGACAAACAUCGUCAACGAGUACCAGAACAGCGACAAGCCUAAUUUUGAAAGUUUCAACAUUGGACACGAUUCAAAACUCCUAACCAACGGAGUUCACCACCAUCAAAACGGCCACUCAGAAGACGAGGAAUGGCUUCACGAGGCAGUAAAAGGCGCAAUUGCAACUGCGAUUCUCGCAAUUACCGACCUUGAAGAUCCUGCAAGUGAUGAAAAGUCCUACGUGUUGUCUUCAAUCAGCGAAGCCUUCAACGUGUUUCUUCGGCAAGGUUCUUCGUCGAUAGAACACUCGGUCGAGCAGGUUCUGAAAAUCCUGACAGUUCCCCAAAGCAGAACCGCCUUGUGCCAGACAGCAGUUAUUGAUCUCCUGGAGUCGACCAGUAACAAAGUAGACCUUCUGAAGUCCACAAUUGUCCGGCAGUCUUUGAAAAGCGACACUGUUCUGGAGCGUCUUUCAGCUGUGCUGGAAGAAGAACACGGAAGUGACCUGGUAGGUUCAGCUUUUCGCGCCGUUUCGAAAGACGAUCCAGAAUUGGUGUCCCGGGUUUUGGAAAAAGUGUCCAGAGAAGUCGCGGGGGUCGCUACUGAACGCGAAGCCGCAGAAACGGUCCACAAAGCGAUCGUCCACGCAGUUCGCGAGUCCAGCGAGCUCCAAGUUAAGGAACUGCUGAACGACGGCUACGACGGCAACAACAAUAACAGUGACAAUUUGAGAGAACUGAUCCUCCAAGCAGUUGGAUUGGCGCGUGCUUUGGGGAUGUCAUCAACAGCGAGCAGCCUGCUGACUGUGAUAAGCGAUGAGAAGUCCUCCAAGCUCUUGGCCAAUGACAGAGUCACUCUGGACAUCUUAAAACGCUUGACGGUGAUGCGAAAGCUGGCUGAGGAGAGGCCACAGUUUAUCGCGGCUCUAAGGGACCUGACCAGCGACCCGGACAUGGCGAGAUCUGACCCUCAUUUGAGGACCCUGGUCCGAGAAAGCGCGGCCUUGAUGAUCGUUCCAGAAGACGCUCCUCUUCAGUCGUCCGUUGACGUGCCCACGGCUCUGCUGAACGCGGAGAACAGCCUGGCGAUUGAAGACUUCUUGAUAAGGAAGAGCCAUCGCCCUUCGACGAUUUUUAUGAUCUUGAAGCACGGACUCCAGGCUGUCGUCCCAAGAGAGGCUUCUCGCGCUGUUCUGACCGGGCAAGUCGCCUACACGGUGUUGGACGAAAACGGAAUCACUCAUUUCGAGCCCCUGCAUGUCUUCAACGCUCUGAGACUCAACAAACCCACGGCUCACAGGUUCUCGAUGUACGCCUGUCCCGUCGCGGGGGAGGACGACUUCGAGCUUGAGUCGGUCGCUUCUUUUGGGAACUUUAAUGGGAAUCCCUACACUGACUCGGUUAGUAGCCUUUCGUCAGCUAACGGGCGGUACUAUUCUUCCCAGGAUUGCUCCAGUGGGGUCACGCUGACGAGAUCCGACAGGACGCUGGAAAACUCUGUCAGUCGGGAAAACACCCCCUGCUUUAGACGGCUUAGUUGUCGCUACCUAGAUGACAGGGGCACGCUGGACAACUUUAUUGUUGUCAAGGACCAUGUCUCCGAGGAGGACGCCGGGUUUGCUGUGAAGAUCGGGGAGAUUGUCGAGGCGAUUGAGUUCUCUGAAGAUCUCAAUAAACGGAAAAAAAUGGACCCGGAUUUGGAGAUAGGCGAAGUAGGCGCCUGCUUAGAUAGCUCUGCAGCCAGACACAAACUGUCAGUCAGACCUAAAAGAAGACACGUCGACCCGCGAUCUCGUGUCAUCACCAGGUCUAAUUCCGAUUCAAAUAUUAGAGCACUUGUAAAAAAAGUUGAUGGAAAACAAGGAUGGCUGCCGAUGUCAAUUUUAAUGCAGACAGCUUUGAGUGAAGACAGUUCAACGAUUACUAGUCAUCGACCAGAAGAUUCACAGUAUCGUCGAGAAGCUGUCGUAAAAGAACUGGUGGAAACAGAAGAAGAAUUCGGCAGAGAUCUCCAGCAAGUGGUUGAGCGGUACUUGAAGCCGCUUGACAAUGCCGACGUACCAAGAAACGUCCGUGAUAACAAAGAAAUAAUCUUCACUAAUUUCAAACAAAUCGCUGAUUUCCAUAACACAUCGUUUGGCAGGGUAUUAAUCGAGGGUGUCAAGUACUACGCGGACCAGCCACGGAUGUUGGGCAAAACAUUUCUCAGACUGGAAAGAGAUUUUGACAAACAUGUCGCUUACUGCCGAGAUGAACCAGUAGCACAAGAAUUUCUUCAGACAAAUCCUGAAAUUCGUGAUUAUUUUGAGGAAUUGAGCCAGACUCUUGGAGACGAUAAAAGCGUGUCGGAACAUCUUAAGCUUCCGAUACAACGUAUUAACGACUACCAGCUCCUAUUGAAGGAGCUGGUUAAAUAUUCGACUCGCCUUGGCGAAAACUGCGACGACCUCCAGAAAGCACUGGAGUUGAUGCUCGGUAUCCCUCAUCGAGCAACAGAUAAUAAAUUUAUCAGUAAUAUCGAGGGAUAUAAAGGAAAUAUUCAUAAACUUGGUCGAUUAUUAACACAUGAAUGGUUUACAGUAAUUGACAAAGACGGCAAAACCAAAGAAAGAUAUUUAUUUCUCUUCAAAGCCCGCAUACUUGUGUGUAAAGUAAGGCGUAUUUCCGAAGAUAGAUCAGUUUUCGUAUUAAAAGACAUAAUAAAACUACCAGAAGUUGAAGUAAAAGAUUAUCCAGACGAUCAGCGCACAUUUGAAUUACAUAACCCGGGAGCUGGGUGUUACCCAUUAACUUUAAUAGCUCACAAAGACCUCGUAAAAGCUUACUGGUUGAAGGAAAUCCGUCAGUACUCGAGUGAUUUGUUGGCACUGGCUGAGCACGCGGCUGACGAUCUUCAAUUGAGUGAAGAGAAAGACACUGAGGACAAAGCCCGAAAGCUCGAGGGAACUAAAAUCGAUUUACCACCACAGACUAAGAAGUCCCAGGAAAAGCCGACCAAGAUCCCGGUUAAAGUCGAAGCAAAACCUCCGGAAAAAGAAAAAGUCGCUGAAAAGCGGGAGAGCGUGACCAAAGUUGAGGAGCUAGAGGCUAAGAAAGUUAAAACUGAAGACACUCAAGCCCAAGAAAUGUCUAAAUAUUCUUCAACUCAGUUCAGCGCUUCCUCCAAAGUCGAAGAGUAUUCGUCAGUGUCGAGCAGCCGAAAUGGAUCGACUUCCUAUGUCGAAACUUCCUCGUCAUCGAUGGCUCGCGCAGAAAGACGGGCUUCGUCGUCGGUUUACAGCUCCGAAAAAAUAACAGAGUCUUCUGGAGCCUACGAAACAGCCACUGGUGGAUCCAAUGAGACAAAAAUCUCCAAGCUUGCGCUCUCUGCUACAGAAACCGGCAAGCCGAAGUUCGUUAAAACGAUCGAGGGUAUCAGCGCCGAACACAACAAGCCGUUGGAUGACAAGCUUGCAGACCGUAUAAAAAUUACAUCUACUGAGACAUCAUUCAAACUUGAAAUUACAAAUGUUAUUGUAAGUGAUUCUGGUAUUUAUACGGCACGAGCUGCCAAUGGAGAGGGUAAUGCAACGUGUACCGCUCAACUUGUUGUAGAAAAUCUUACAACAGAAGAGCGCAAAGCUAAAGCUGAAGCAAAAGCUCCUGUCUUUUUAGUUCGCUUAAAAGAUACUGAGCUUUUAGAAAAUACUUAUUUGCGUUUUAUGGUCAAGGUCAAAGGUGAUCCUACUCCAGAUGUCAAAUUCUUCAAAGACGGUAAACUGAUAGAAGCAAAUAAUGCCCGUAUAAAAAUCCAAACCGACCAGGAUAAAUUUAAAUCAGACGGCGGAUUCUACGAACUGGUGAUUCCUGAUGUUCAAAAGCAGGACGGGGGAAAGUACACAUGUACUGCAACAAACCAAUUCGGAGAGGCGUCAUGCGAGGCAACAGUCUCGGUCACCGACGAGAAGACUCUGUUCGCGGGUUUGCCAGAGGGAGCAUUCGAAGCCGGAACAGAGACGCAAUUCCGAUGGCUGCGAGACGGCAAGCCGUUCAACCCAGAAGACCGCUUCAAAGUUCUCUUCGAGGACAAUGAAGACACCUUGGCUUUGGUGUUCCAGCACGUCAAGCCUGAAGACGCAGGACUGUACACGUGCGUAGCUCAGACCUCGACUGGAAACAUCAGCUGCAGCGCGGAGCUGACCGUCCAGGGCAACGUCAAGCAGCUGAUGAAGGACCCUUGCAAGCCGAAGCUGGGCAGCGAGGCCAGGCAGUCAGAAGUGAGCGCUGGUGGCUCGGCAAUGCUUGAUCUUCAAGUCAAAGGCUUCCCCAAGCCAGACAUCAAGUGGAGCAAAGAUGGCAAGGAAAUAAUCGCUGGUGGGCGGAUAAAGUAUCUGUGGGAAGACGAAGAGUCUCUGUCACUGGUCAUCAAGAAUGUCACCGUAGAAGACGCGGGUACUUACACGGUUAUCGCUAAAAAUAAUUUAGGAGAAGACACUACUUACAUCGAGCUAAUUGUCAAGUCCGCGCCGAAGUUUAUAAAAAAACAAACGGACACUUUCGCGUACAUAGAGACUGAUGGAAAAAUGACCGUACAAAUUCAAGCUUCGCCGGCUCCAGAUGUCAAGUGGUACAAGGAUGGCCAGCUGCUAGAGUCAUCUAGCCGCAUCUCGAUGACCCGCGAAGGAGAAUUUUACAGUCUGAUCAUCAAGAAUUGUCGCCUGGAUGACAUCGGGUCCUACUCAGUGGUCGCUAAGAAUGAAAUCAACCAAACUUCUGAGUUCUGGAACUUUGACGUACGCUGCCCACCGAAGAUCAAGAAGAAGUUAGGCGAACCGAGGGUUAUCAAUGAAGGAGAUACUCUGGCUUUGCUGAUUGAAGUUGAAACUCCUCCUCAACCUACUGUAGUUUGGCUGAAAGACGACGUUGUUAUCAAAGCUGACCAUCGGACUGAAAUUAUCAAUGAUGGAGCGACUCAAGGACUGAAAAUCACUGGCUCUGUCGCUAUUGAUGCUGCGACUUACAAAGCUGAGAUUUCUAAUAAAGAUGGAACUACUGUAGAUCAAAUUGGCGUUGAGCAAGAAAUGGUGGACGUGGUCGCCCGAGAAGGCGACUCAGAAGUCAACAUUUCUGUAGAAGUCGCUGGAUUCCCGCGACCGACACUCCAGUGGUUCAUUAAUGAUAUCGAGAUAACAGAAGACAAAACUGAGUUUUCAAAAUCUCAGGAAGGUGAUAUACAUAGCCUGAAGAUAACCGAUGUUAAAACCGAACACUCGGGUCGCUAUACUUGUAAACUCAAGAACCAGUAUGGUAAAAAUGAAAGCAGCGCAGCUCUGACUGUCUACUGCAGACCCAAGUUGUUGAAAAAAUUAGCCGACCAAAAACUUAAUGAGGGAACAACUCUGAAAUUGCAAGUUCAGGUCGCAGGUACUCCAGCUCCUGAUGUCAAGUGGUACAAAGAUGGAAAAGAAGUCUCAGCUGAUGCGAGGAUUAUCAUCACCCGCGAUAGCAAGCGACAAGAGAACUAUGAUCUGACUGUCAACUUGCUCCAAGGAUCCGAUGCGGGUACCUACGAAGUUAGAGCGACCAAUGAGAUGGGAUUCGUUUCAUCUAAAAGCAGAAUCAUUGUUCUAACUAAAGAAGAAAUAGAAGAACUUGAAGGUCCCGAAGGUAAAAUGGAGAAAAUAACUAAAACAAAAUUAGUUAACGGAAAAGACGGUGAUACGAUAACUAUUUCCGUAGAAUCAACAACCGAGCAUGAAGCUAUGAUGACAGGUCCAGACGAGUGUCACACCAUCAGCAAGAUGAAGACUACCAAAGUCGAGUGUCAGGAGCUAAAUACCGAGAUGCCUCAAAUAGAAGAAAUACCUUCGUAUUGUUUUACGCUGAAGGACAAUUCUAAUGGAAUUGUUGAAGAAUUUUCUGAGAAAGAAGAAAAGAAUGAUAAGAAAAAAAUCAAACGCGGAGUGUCCAUUGUUUCGGUGUCUGAUGAUGAUUCUUUUAAAGCGCUCUCAAGAGAUGUCAGCACUGAUGACGUAAAUUGUCAGUAUGAAGUUAAAACAAAUGGCGUGCAUGAAAAUUCAAAGCAUGUGGAAGAAAAAAUAAUUGAAGAAUAUGGAGCGAAUCACGCUAUAAGGUACAAAGAAACAAUUAUUGAGGAGUGUUACGUUGAAAAUGGACACAAUGGAGAAAUCCAAGAUGUUAAAGAAGAAAAAUCUCACAAAGCUGGUAAAUUAUCAAGACAGUCUUCUAAAAUGGAGAGAUUUGAUUCUGUAGAGGUUGAAGAAAAGCAAGAAGUUGUUUUACAAAAUGGCCGACCGCAAAACGCUGAGCUGGGAGAAAGUAAACUGACCAGACAGAAUUCAAAGCUCGAAAGAGUCGAAUCUGUUGAGAAGAAAAUUGUAAUUAAAGAUUUAGAAACUUCUCAGACUCCGGAAGUAAAACAAAGCAAAUUAUCGAAGCAAAAUUCUAAAAUCCAGCGGCUGGAGUCUUUGGAAGAGAAGAAAGCUGUUGUAAAUAAUGGAGAGACUCCUCAGACUCCAGAAGUUACGGAAAAUAAAAUUGUAAGACGAAGCUCUACUCUCGAAAGACUUGAAUCUAUUGAAGAGAAGAAAGUCUACGCUAAAGAAACGGAGACUCCAGAGCCUCCAGUAGACAAACUUUCUCGGCAGAAUUCUAGAAUAAGUCGCGUUAAUUCUUUAGAAUCAAAAUCGGAGAGCGUUUGUCUGUCUAGACAAAGCUCGCAGCGGUCCAAUUCAAUCGUCAAUGGCAAUCACGACGAUGAUGAUGAUGAUGACCUAGAUGACAAAACUCGAGAGCUUUUUGAUCGCAUCAAGCGACAAAGAAGCGUUCUCGAAGAAAUUUUAGACAAAGAAGCUGAUAAAAAAGAUAAAAUUGAAGCUAACGGUUAUGAAGCGGCGCCGUCGAUAGUAAGCUCAGACUUUGAAGAUUGCACAGUAUAUGCGACACAGACGGUAACAUUUACGGUUCAUGGAAAAGGACUGCCUCGUCCUGACGCAAAGUGGUUCAAAGACGGCGAACCCUUGAAGUCUUCGGACAAAGCCAAACCAGGACAAGUCGGGGAGAAGUUUUCUCUCAACUUCACUAAAAUCACUGAAAAAGAAACCGCAUUGUAUCAACUGGUGCUUACCAACAAACUAGGUACCGCCAGCGUUGACGCGUGCAUUGAAGUAGCUCCGGAAAGUGAGCUCCGCAAGCCCAGGUUCAUUGAACCCUUGAAAGACGUCGACGCUGAGAAAAAUGGAGCUGGUACUUUCGAGUGUAAACUUACUGCUGAUCCUAUUCCUGAUAUCGUCUGGUCUCACGAAGGAGAAGAGAUUUCUCCGAAAGACAAAAAAUAUAAAAUGGAACGUACGAAUAAAAAAGUUGAAGAUUCUCUCACAGAGUGUAUCUACACUCUCACUGUCAAUGAUUGUCUUCUUGAAGAUUCGCGUCUGGAGCUUUUGGUACCACCAACAAUUCUUGAAUUUAAAGAAUUGGUCGCAGCGGUAGAAGAAUUAUGCAAAUGGGAAGUACUAAUAAAGUCAAACCCCAAAGCUGAGCUAACCUGGGAAAAAGAUGGAGUUAUUUUAGAUGAUGAAGUUCGCUUUGCGCAGGAAGAUAAUUUCCGAGACAUGAAGUACUACUUGAUAUUAAAAUGCGUUGAAUAUGACGACGCGGGUCCUUACAAACUUACAGCAAAAAAUUAUUUAGGAGAAGAUACUGCAGAGUCAACAUUAGUUCCUUACACUGAGCCACCAGAAUUCAUAUUAGAAAUAACAAACGGCUCAGUACGUCACGACGCGCCAAUAGAGUUCAAAAUUGAAGCUAAAGGAAUCGCAAGACCAAAGAUCCAAUGGCAACUGAACGGCGACGAGAUAAUUGCCGACGAGCGUCAUAUCAUAACGACUAAAAUUGACGGGCAUGUGUACAGUACACUCAGGAUCGAGAAAUUCCAGGAGGUGGACGAGGGUGAGCUAACAUGUGUAGCAGAGAAUCGCGCCGGAAAAGCCAAGUCUCACGCUACUGUGUCGAUGAUCCGUAUACCACCCACGUUUGCUGAACUGCUUCCACGAUCAUUGCAAGUCGAGGAAGGAGCUCCAUUGGUUCUUAAUGUCGACGUUGACGGCAGUCCCUUCCCGAAGGUCACCUGGUUCAAGGAUGGCGAAGUUAUUGAAUCCGACGAUCAUGUUAAAAUUGAAACCCAGCCUAAUGGGUCCACUAGACUUACUAUUGAAAAAUGCAAGCCAACUGAUAGUGGUGCUUAUAAAAUUUUUGCUAAAAAUAAAAUUGGGGAAAGUACUUCUCAGUGUGCAGCUGCUGUUAAACCAACACCACGUAAGCCUUCAUUCUCAAAAUCACUUGAAGAUACAGCAGUAACAGUAGGACAACCAUUAAAACUUGAAGCCCAAGUAGUAGCAUUCCCCAGCCCUGAAGUUCAAUGGUUCAAAGACGGCCUUCCCGUACGUCAAAGCCCAGACAUUGAAUUUAUCAACGAGCCAAACGGUCUGAUGGGCAUCUCAAUCGAGAAAGUAAAACCUGAACACGCGGGUACUUACUCUCUGGUCGUGAAAAACAAAUUAGGCGAGGUAACAGGCAAAGCAGUGGUGACAGUCGAAGCCAAAGAGAAGAAACCCGAGUUCUUGUCGACCUUGCAACCAAUGACAGUAGUCGAAGGCUUCCCAGCGAAGAUGGAGGUAAAGAUUCUCGGCAAACCUCCACCAUUGGUCGCUUGGACUUACAAUGGCGUUGAAAUAGUUCCCGAUGGCACGCAUAUAAAAAUAGUUUCGCAGCCCGACGGUACUCAGGCUCUUUUGAUCGACAAGGUAACCGUCGACGACGCCGGAGAGUACGGAGUCGCAGCGCUGAACACUGUAGGCGAAGAAGAGUGUAAGGGAAUCCUGAACGUCAGCAACAAGUCGAAGACCGACGCUCCUGAGGAGAGACCCAGCUUCGUGGGACCGCUCAGAGACUCUAGUAUUGAGGAAGGCGAACCUUUGGCAUUCAGCGCCUCCUUCGCCGGUAACCCGAUGCCCGACGUCUUCUGGACCAAAGACGGCGAGCCUGUCAAGCCCUCGGAGCGUAUCAUGAUGACUUGUGACGGUAAAAAGGUCGGAGUGACAAUUAACCCGACUACUGCCAAAGAUGCUGGGGUUUAUCGUUGCCGUUUGGUGAAUCCUUCUGGCGAAGACACAUCCAGCGCCAUCGCUACCAUUCGCAAGAUAUUCCAGCGGCCUAACUUCACCCAAAAGUUCACCGACUUGCAGCAAGUGCCCGGCAAUGACGCAAAAUUCGCGGCCAGGAUCACUGGAAUACCCAGACCUGAUAUAUCCUGGUAUUUCAAUGACAAGCCUCUUCCGAAAGACUCUGAUAAAUAUGUUAUAAAACGCGACGGUGAUGCUUGCUCGUUGUUCAUCAAGGAUUGCAGUCCUUCAGACGCUGGAAAAUAUAAAUGUCGCGCUGUUAAUAAAGAUGGUGAUGCUGCUUGUGAAGCUACGCUGACUGUUGCUGAUAGAAUAGACAAGCAACAAAAAGUAGAACCUCCAUCAUUCUUGAAGAGAAUUGGCGACUGUGAAGUCUACAAAGGAAUGACUGCCAAGUUUACAGCAUGCGCUACAGGAAUACCUGACCCUAGUUUCGAGUGGUACCGCAAUGACGAAAGAUUGUGGCCCACUGAUCGUAUAAGGAUGGAUGAAGAAGGUAGCGGGCUGCUGCGGUUAACUAUUUACAAUGUCGAUGAACAUGAUGUAGGAAAAUACAGUCUUAGAAUUAUUAAUCCUCAUGGUGAAGAUACUUGUCAUGCUGAAAUGCGUUAUGACACUUUGGAACCCCGUACAAAGAAGCCUUUAGCCGAUCAAUAUUCAGAAUUCGACAAGUACCGCAAGUCAGGUAUCCCCUUGCCUCUAGCAGACCGUCCAAUAAUCAGCCGAAUGAUGGACCGACACCUGACGCUCUCUUGGAAGCCGUCGAUCCCGAUCGGUCCUCGAGUCCCGGUGACAUACCUAGUAGAAAUGUGUGAGCUUCCAGACGGCGAUUGGUUCACAGCGCGUUCAGGAAUCCGAAGCUGUGUCUGCGACAUCAGAAAUCUAGAACCGUUCCGGGACUAUAAAUUCCGCAUCCGGGUGGAGAAUAAAUACGGAAUCAGCGACCCAUCGCCAUUCGCUCAAACAUACAGGUCUAAACUACUUCCAGACCCGCCAAAGUUCCACCCAUACCUACCUCCAGGGAUCGACUUCCGUCCCGAGACAUCUCCAUAUUUCCCCAAGGACUUCGACAUCGAGCGUCCGCCUCACGACGGGUACGCGCAGAUUCCAAAGUUCCUGCGACAAGAGCACGACACCCAGUACGGCGUAAAGAACCACAACUGCAACCUCUUCUGGUUUGUCUACGGCUACCCGAAGCCCAAGAUGACCUACUACUUCAACAACGAGUUGAUCGAGUCCGGGGGUCGCUACGACCAGAGCUACACCCGCAAUGGCCAAGCGACACUGUUUAUCAACAAGAUGCUGGAGCGCGACGUCGGGAUGUACGAAGCCGUGGCGACCAACGAGCACGGAGAAGCGCGCCAACGCGUCAGGCUGGAGAUAGCCGAGUACCCGACGUUCAUCCAGCGCCCUGAAGAGUCCUACAUAAUGCUGAGACGCAACGGACACAUCCAAGCCCGGGUAACCGGCGUUCCGUUCCCAGAACUCAAGUGGUACAAGGACUGGAAGCCCCUGGCGCCGACAGCUCGCAUCAAGAUCGACUACUUCGAGCCCGACACUUCCGUCCUCACGAUAAACGACGCGAUAAUAAAGGACGAGGGUCUCUACUCCAUCAGCGCCAGGAACGUCGCUGGCUCCGUCUCCUGCUCGGUGAUGAUCCACAUUGAGGAGAACGAACACGAGUACGGCUACCGCACCUACACUCGCAGCUCCGAUGUUAGAGCCAAGAGCAAACCCUUCGACGAGUUCUAUGACCUGGGUGAUGAACUGGGCCGUGGAACUCAAGGAGUCACCUAUCACGCGGUAGAGAGAUCCACUGGACGCAAUUACGCGGCUAAGUUGAUGCACGGCAGAGGCGAGUUGAAGCCCAUCAUGCUCGGCGAGAUGUACGCGAUGAACCACCUGAACCACCGGAGACUCAUCCGGCUCCACGACGCCUACGAAACCGACGGGUCCUUCAAUCUCGUGAUGGAACUCGGCGCCGGAGGAGAAUUAGUCGACACUUUGACUCGCAAUCCCUUCUACAGCGAGUACGAAAUCUCUCACUACAUCAGACAAAUUCUAGAAGGGCUGGAGUACAUGCACAACGAGAGCUGGGCUCACUUGAGUCUCACCCUCGGCGAUUUGCUGAUUUCUCAUCCGGGAGGUGACAGUUUAAAAAUAUCAGACUUUGGUCUCGCAAGAAGAAUUUCUUACAACCGGUUGAUGACACUCGUUUACGGAAUGCCGGAGUAUGUCGCUCCGGAGGUCGUUAACAAUGAAGGAGUUACUUAUGCAGCGGAUAUGUGGUCUCUGGGUAUCAUCACUCACAUCCUCUUGUCCGGCAUUUCUCCGUUCCGCGGCGCUAAUGACAGAGAAACGCUGACUAAAAUUAAAAACGGAGUUUGGGACUUUGACGAGCGAUGGUGGCAACAUAUUUCUAUAGAAGCUCGGGACUUUAUUCGCAAGCUCCUGGUUUACCAAAUUGACGAGCGUAUGGACGUAACUGCGGCUCUGCGCCACCCUUGGUUGAAUAUGACCGACAGGAUUCCCGCUGAGCCCUACAAAAUUCCCUCGGAGAAUCUCAAGAAUUACUACACCUUGUACAGAGACUGGUACAGCAACGCUUCCUGUCGCACGUGGUACCGCAGACGGAAACUGAGCAGUGCCUUCGAGCAUCCCUCAAGGAUGAUUUACCCACCAGGUCACCGGUACACUCCUGAGCCCGAGGAGAGACCUGCUACUCCCAAGCGCGAAAAACGCGAGCCACAAACCUGGGAAAACAAAAUUCCUUCUCGCGUGCCAAUUGACACUGAGAUAGGUUUGAUUAAAAAUGAGAGCCACUAUCAAAAUGGUCCUGAUACAUAUCUCCUGCAGUUACGUGACACAGAUUUUCCUGUACGGCUCAGGGAGUACAUGAAGGUCGCUCAUAACCGCGGCUCAGCCUUUGCAAGAGUAUUUGAUGAUGAUGGCUACGAUUGGAGAACUCCGAUAAUUCGCGAGCGCAGAAAAUUCACCGAUGUGAUGGACGAGGAAAUUGAUGAUGAGCGCAAAGCGAGGAUUAAUAACUACGGCGCUGCUGAUUGCUAUACCAUGAGACGUCUGAAGCACGAACUAGGAACCAGGCUGGACUCUUACGCCGAAGCCGAGGCGAUGAUGGAGACCAAAAAAGGCGGACACUUGCCGUUUUUCCGCGAAAAGCCGCAAAUUUUGAAGAUUCAAUGUGGAAAAUGCGCUCAGCUGACCUGUCUGGCGGUCGGAAAUCCCAAACCUGCGGUCCAGUGGUUCAAAAAUGACCUGGUGAUCCAGGAAGGCAAGCGCAUUGCUAUAAUUGAGGACACUGACGGCAGAUCAAUCUUGAGUUUCAGCCCCGCGAGGGAGCAAGACAUCGGAAUUUACAAAGUUGUCGCGAGGAAUAAUGUCGGGCAGACUGUUGCAAGAACUCGCAUUGUUCUUGCAACUGAACCAAGCAUACCUCAAGCUCCUGAAGUUUGCAAUGUGUCGGACACGGAGGUUCUGCUGCGCUGGCAGCCGCCGAAGUACGACGGAAACUCGGAAGUUCUUUGCUACAAUUUGCAAUACAAAGCUGGAGAUUCUGUCGACUGGAUUGAUGUUGCUAGUAAUAUUGAUCACGAGUUUUACUUGGUGAAGGACUUGCAGCCGAAUACUAGCUACCACUUCCGUCUGGCCGCGAGAAAUCGCAUCGGGUGGAGCGAGCACGGCUUCGAGACAAAUCUGGUCCAAACCAAGACUGAGGGAGCGCAGAAAGUUCCAAUAAGCCGCGCGAUGAAGCACCUACAGUACUUGACCGAGUCAGGUCAUGAAAUAAUCACUGAUGAAGACAAACCCAAGAUAAACUACGACGUGGAAGAUGAACCUAUUGAGUGGACAAUUGACGCCCAAUUUACUGGCCGCUACACCUUUAUUUCAGAAGUUUUCCGUGGCCAGUUUUCAAUAGUCGUUAAAGGAGCUGAGAAAGAAACUGACAAGAUGGUGGUUGCUAAAAUUCUAGAUGCUAGUCCGGAGAGGAAAGAACUAGUUGGUGAGGAGUUCCAGGUCCUGAGAUCGCUUAGACACGAGAGAAUAGCUCUGCUGGACGCGGCUUACUGGGCAGCUGGCUCUCCGGUCGCCGUUUUUAUCAUGGAAAAAUUACAGGGCUCAGAUGUGCUGACUUAUUUGGCCAGCAGGCCUGAAUAUUCGGAAAAUUGUGUAGCUACGAUUAUCACUGAAGUUCUUGACGCUUUGCAAUACUUACACUGGCGCGGAUUCGCGCAUCUGGAUAUACAGCCUGACAAUGUUGUCAUGGCCUCUCUCAGGUCCGCGCAUAUUAAAUUAGUCGACUUUGGCUCUGCGCACAAAGUUUCUAAACUUGGCACUGAGGUACCUCAAAAUUUGGGACACCUGGAGUACAGGGCUCCUGAAGUACUCAAUGAAGAGCUGACUUAUCCCCAGGCAGACAUCUGGGGUGUCGCUGUUCUUACCUACGUACUUCUUUCUGGAAGAUCUCCAUUCAAAGGCAAUGAUGAUCAUGAAACCAUACAGAAUAUUUCAUUUGUUAGGUACAGGUUUGAGUAUUUGUUCAAAGAAAUUAGUCAAGAAGCCACGAGCAAAAGACCUACAGCCGAAGAAUGUCAUGAACACAGAUGGUUACUACCCACUGAAUUUAUGAUCAGAAAACGGGAACGUGCAAUAUUCCCAGGUAGCAGAUUGAAAACUUACAACGAAGAGUACCAUGAAGAAAAAGCUAAGUCAUUUGAUGGACACGAGUCUGUUAAAUUUACUAGCAAAAAAAAAUUGUUUCAAAAGUCUAGUUUCAUUUUAAAAUUGGAAAAAUAA